UUCAAGUGGCGUGUUGUUGGCCACGCUAAAUUUUAUUUUCAAUGGAUCACAACCAAGCCGCAGGCAAAGAGAAUGGACAGAUUAAAGGAAAAGGGGAGUUAAAUAAAGGAUUUGACCCAUCACCGGAGCAUCUAAAUGAUGCUGGGGCCGAAUCACAAGCACGAGAUGGGGGUAAUCGGCAAAAAUGGUCCAACCCAACAGAAUUUCUUAUGUCCUGUAUUGCUACUUCAGUAGGAUUAGGCAAUGUAUGGAGAUUUCCGUACGUCGCCUACCAUAACGGUGGCGGCGCUUUCCUCAUACCGUACCUAAUUGUACUAGUUUUGAUAGGAAGACCUAUGUAUUACUUGGAAACGUUCCUGGGGCAGUUCUCUAGUUCGAAUUGUGUGAGAAUAUGGGGUUUGUCACCAGCUAUGAAAGGUACUGGCUACUCUCAGGCAUUAGGAGCAUUUUACGUGUUGUCUUACUACAUGUCCAUUAUAGCUCUAUGUCUUUAUUACUUGGCAAUGAGUUUCUCGUCUACGCUACCCUGGGCUGAAUGUAGGGAGGGAUGGGAAAAUUGCGUACCUUCUUCAGGAUCCGGGGAGCCGUUAGAAAAUGGUGUCAGCAGUGCUCAAUAUUACUUUAUAAAUGUCGUGCUUCGACAAACUGACGGAAUAGAAGACGGCAUCGGAGCGCCAUUAUGGGAUUUGACACUCUGCUUAUUUAUUUCCUGGCUUUUAGUAUUUGUCAUCGUUUAUCGAGGAGUUAAAAGUUCAGGCAAAGCUGCAUACUUUUUGGCAUUGUUCCCCUACGUGGUUUUAUUUAUCCUCCUUAUCAGGGCUGUGACUCUACCGGGAGCAGGGAACGGAAUUCUGUUCUUUAUAACGCCAGAAUGGAAAAAAAUAUUAGAAGUCAAGGUAUGGUAUGCGGCAGUCACCCAGGUGUUCUUCUCGUUGUCUGUAUGUUCUGGCGCACUUAUUAUGUUUGCAUCAUUUAAUACAUUCAAGCAAAACGUUUACAGGACUGCCAUGAUAGUGACGACUCUUGACACAUUCACAAGUUUGAUUUCUGGGAUCACGAUCUUUGCUGUGUUGGGCAAUUUGGGGCAUGAAUUGGGACAACCAGAUAUCACGAAAGUAAUAAAUUCUGGUGGAACCGGUCUAGCGUUCAUCUCUUACCCCGACGCCAUUGCAAAGUAUCCUUUCGUGCCACAGCUUUUCGCUGUGCUCUUCUUCUUGAUGAUGGCGGUCCUUGGUGUUGGUUCUGGCGUCGCGCUGUUCUCCACUAUAAAUAUUAUAGCCGUAGAUGCUUUACCGAACGUCAAAUUUAUCGUAGUUACUGCGAUUGGGUGCGUAGUGGGCUUUUUAUCCGGACUUGUCUAUGUUACUCCCGGAGGACAAUAUAUUUUUGGAUUAGUUGAUUUUUAUGGCGGUACGUUUGCCAGAUUAUUUGCUGCUAUUAUUGAAACAAUUGGCGUGUUCUGGAUUUACGGUUUGGAGAAUAUUUGCGUCGAUAUUGAGUGUGCUCUUGGUCGCAAAACUGGCAUAUACUGGCGGUUAUGUUGGUCUAUAUUGACUCCUGGUAUUAUGUUCACAGUAUUUAUGUAUGCCAUGGUUACAACUGAUAUUUAUAAAUAUGGAGACGAGUAUGAAUAUCCACCAGCUGCUUACAUUGCUGGCAACAUGCUUCAAUACGCUGCCAUGGUGGUGGUUCCUAUAGUUAUCAUUGUAGUGUUGUUCCAACAUAGAUCUAAUGGUUUCUUAGAGACUGUCCGUUGUGCAUUCCGCAAAUCGAGCACCUAUGGUCCAUCAAUACAAACCGAUUUCGACGAAUGGAAAUCUUUCCGGAGAGAUGCAAAGAUUGAACGAAAGAACCGAACAACGAAUCAUUUUAAACAUAUGCUUCUCAGUGUUAUUGGUAGCUAUCGUAAUAAAAGGAUUUAGCGCCUAACAAAACAAGACGUAUACAUUCCUUUAUUUAAUGUUUUACCAGCAAUUUGUAUGUAAUUCCAACAAUUGUAAAUAAAUUUAGCACACUAUUUAGAACAU